CAGACUCUAGUUAUAAUUUAAAGCGAGAACUUUGCGCUUUAACAUACAAAAUCUACGUUGAGGCAAACUGCGAUCACACACGAAACGUUUUUUGUGCGCUGUCUCAACGAACAUUUAACUGAAAGGAGUCGAAGUGUAAACAUUGUUUUAUAAAUCUUUCUGUGAUUUUUGAUCAUUUUUUUUUUUUUCGUAAAAUAAAAUUAAAUCAAAGUGAUUUUGGAAAUUGUUUAAUACAUUUUUUUUUCUGUGAUAAAUUUUUAAAAUUAUAAAAAAUGAUUAUAAAAUCUACAAACAGUGUUGUGGUAUUUUACCUCCUGUGCAUUGGAUUUGUUGCCAGCAUUGAAUUGCCUGAAACAUUUCAGAAAUGCCAGAGGGAUGCGAACUUUGACAAGUGUUUAGUAGAAGCAGUUAACAAGGCGCUGCCACUAUUGAAAGAUGGAAAUGAGGAAUUUGGUAUCCCUCGCCUUGAACCCUUGGAAGUGAAGAGCUUAGUUGUUGAUGCUGGCACUCCCCCAAUAAACCUCAAACAAACUCUCAAGGAUGUUAAGAUUUAUGAUUUAAUCAGUACCAGUAAAGUUACCAAAUACAGAACUGAUUUGGAUAAAUAUCUGAUCAUUUGUGACAGCAAAACCGAUAGAAUGCAAAUUUUCGGUGACUACACAAUGACAGGAAGGAUAUUAUUGCUACCAAUUACCGGAAACGGAAAAGCAAACAUCACCUUGGUCAAUACCAAAAUCGAACAUCGUUUAAUUGGUGAACCCUACGAAAAAGAUGGCGUCAAGUAUAUGAAAUUGAAGGAUUACAAAAUUGAAUUCCAUCCAAAACGUGUCUAUAUGCAUUUUGAAAAUCUAUUCAACGACAAAACUCUAUCAGAAACAAUGAAUAGAUUUUUAAAUGACAACUGGGAAACAGUUUUCAGUGAAUUGAAAAUUGGUUAUCAAAAGAAUAUGGGAAAAAUCUUUAGAGAAUUGUCAAAUAAGAUCUUUACAAAAGUACCUUUUGAUAGAAUAUUCUUGAGUUGAGUUGUAAAUUAAUUUAAAAUUUGUCGUUUUUGAGAUAAGAAAUCAUUCAUCAGUUGAGAAGUAUUAGAAAUACGGUGGUUCACACAAAAUUAUAUCAUU